AUGUCAUUGAAGAUUUCCGUGUGGAGGCCGGGUGCGCCCACGCCGCCACCCGCGCCGGUGCCCGCGCGCAGCCCCGGCGCGCCGCCGCCGCCGCCGCCGCCACCUGUGUGGACGCCGGGCAGCGCGGGUCCUUCGCCCCAGGCGCCGCGCAAGUCCUUCAGGCCUGUCCACUUCGAGGAGACGCCGCCCGCCCGCCGUAAAUUUGCGAACUCUGAACAAAACGGUUGCACCAGCGGUUCGGAGAGCGAAGGACGCCUGCGCACCUCUCACAGUGCUCCAGUCACCGGUCUCAACACCUUGGGCGGAGUGAGCAACACCAGCCGGCUGCCUAAAGCGCAGAACCCCACCGUUACUCUGCUGCAAAAAGCACGAGCUUACACGUCAGAAGUGUGA